GGAGCAUCGGGUGAGAACAGUAAUGGCGGGGACGAAGGGGUUGAUGCUGCUGAACUUUUGGCCGAGCCCCAACGGGAUGCGCUGCCGGGUGGCGUUGGCGGAGAAGGGGUUGGAGUACGUGUACAGAGAGGAGGAGAGCAUAUUGGAGUGCAAGAGCCGGCUGCUGGCGAAGUCCGACCCCGUGCGCAUGAGAGUCCCUGUCCUCCUCCACGACGGGAAGCCCGUGUGCGAGUCCCUCGUCAUCGUCCAGUACCUCGACGAGGUGUGGCCCGACCGCGCGCCGCUGCUGCCCGCCGACCCCUACGGCCGCGCCAAGGCCCGCUACUGGGCCGACUUCAUCGACAAGGAGGUCCGCUGGCUACUGAUUUCACCGCUACGCCUUCCUGUGUUUGUUUCCGCCAUUUGAGCUCGUCAUCCACAGCAUGUUUGCGUACAUGUGGAUGUCAAUUUAGUCUUCACUGAUUGACGCAAGCUACCAGUACAACAUCAUAUUCUUC